AUGGAGAACAAACCAACUGUGUUAACUGAUAGAUACGAGGUUGGGAGGUUACUGGGUCAAGGUACUUUCGCCAAGGUUUAUUACGGAAGAAGUGUUCAUACGAACGAGAGCGUAGCUAUCAAGAUGAUCGAUAAGGACAAGGUCAUGAGGGUUGGUCUUAGCGAUCAGAUCAAGAGAGAGAUCUCUGUUAUGAGGAUUGCGAAACACCCUAAUGUCGUUGAGCUACACGAGGUCAUGGCGACAAAGUCGAGGAUUUACUUUGUAAUCGAGUAUUGUAAAGGUGGAGAGCUUUUCAACAAGGUCGCUAAAGGGAAGCUGAGAGAGGAUGUUGCUUGGAAGUACUUUUAUCAGCUUAUCAAUGCCGUUGAUUUCUGCCAUAGCCGUGGAGUGUACCACCGCGACAUCAAGCCGGAGAAUCUGUUGCUUGACGACAAUGAGAAUCUCAAGAUUUCUGAUUUCGGGCUAAGCGCUCUUGCGGACUGCAAGCGCCAAGACGGUCUCUUGCACACUACUUGUGGUACGCCUGCUUAUGUUGCCCCUGAGGUUAUCAAUCGAAAAGGAUACGAUGGGACCAAAGCUGACAUUUGGUCUUGUGGGGUUGUCUUGUUUGUGCUUUUGGCUGGUUAUCUUCCCUUUCAUGACUCCAAUCUUAUGGAGAUGUACAGGAAGAUAGGCAAAGCGGAUUUCAAGUGCCCGACCUGGUUUGCCCCUGAAGCGAAGAGACUGUUGUGUAAGAUGCUGGACCCUAACCACGAGACUAGAAUCACCAUCUCGAGAAUCAAGGAGAGUUCUUGGUUCAGGAAAGGUUUACACUUGAAGCAGAAGAAGAUGGAGAAAGAAAUCAGAGAGGCUACUAAUCCCAUGGAAGCUGGAGGUGGUUCAGGUCCAAGUGAAAACGGAGUGCACCACGAGCUGCCUCCCCAGCUUGCAAACCUGAACGCUUUUGACAUCAUCGCCUUGUCUUCAGGGUUUGAUCUGGCAGGACUUUUUGGGGUUGCCUACGACAAGCGUGAGUCUAGAUUCGCAUCUCGAAAGCCUGCUUCGGAGAUCAUUUCUAAGCUGGAGGAGGUCGCGAAAGAGCUGAAGCUGAAGAUAAGAAAGCAAGACGCGGGCUUGUUCAAGCUGGAAGGGUCGAAGGAAGGAAGGAAAGGGGUUGUGUCGAUGGAUGCAGAGAUAUUCCAAGUGACGCAGACGUUUCACCUGGUUGAAGUGAAGAAAUGUAAUGGGGAUACGGUGGAGUAUCAGAAGUUAGUGGAGGAGGAUCUUAGGCCUGCUCUGGCAGAUAUUGUCUGGGUUUGGCAAGGCGAGAAGGAGAAGGACGAGCAGCUUCCACUUGGUUUGCAGGAUGAACGAGAACUAGAUCGACAUCGUGAACCACCAUCGUAG